GCUUUAUUGUUAAAUGAACAAGGUCAUUUCAAAGAUCAUAAACAACAGAAGAUAAAAAAGGUAAAAUCAAAAGAAGUGAAACCACUUUCAGCAGAGGGAAGAUAAUGAAAGAUAGUAAAUACAAAUGCCUUUCAACAAAGCAAAUCUCCUACAUUUCUGAGCCGUCGAAAAAUUUGCAACUUUCAGUGUAACCUUUUCCCUCCUUGUCAGAUAGGUGACGGAUUCUUUUAAAUAGGCCAUUCCUGUUUUGCAUCAUUUUCUCAUCAAAUUUCCUUUUAGGCAGAACAUGGUAUAAAAUAUGGCAACAUAUGGUUAACUGAGCUCCACAAAUACACAUUAGCUAAUCUGCUGCAAUUUUAUGGUAAUAGCCCUAGCGAUAAUGGGGAAGCUUCCUGUUUCUGGGAAGGCCUUAUGUAAAAAAGUGAAAUGUUUGAUUAAAUAACUAAAUAUGGAGUAAGUCCAAUUGAACACAGGGGGGCUUACUUCUGAGAUGUUUGCAAUGCAUCUCUCUUGCAUGUGUUACUUUAAUAAGUUGAAUGUAACAAAAAUAUAGAGGAUUUAGCAAAGUCCUUAUCAGCCAUAUAAGCUUCCUCAAUUGGUUUAGUUCUUUUUUUGCAACAGUUUUUCAUGCAUUUGAGCUUCAAACCGGAGCAUCCAGUUGCAGACAUUUUUGGAAGUCUUUUGGAAAUAAUACAGAUUGUCAUAUCACUACAUAAGCUUAAUAUGCAUAAAUUGUUUGUGCUCUAAUUCAUGCAACAGAGAUCCCAGUCAUAAACUUAAAAUUGUUUUGUGGUAUUUACAAUUGACCCACCUCUGAUAACAUACAGAUUCACAGAGGAUGAAGUUUCCUAAGCACACAUCCCGAGCCCCGGGGAGAUCAAGAGUGGUAGUCAACUAACUUUUUUAUGCAAAUUAGACCCGUUGAACAUUAAUUCCAAUGCAUCUACUCUGAGCAAAACUUAGUUGAAUCCCAAUCAAUGUCUUCCGUUCCUGCAAAGGUCAGAAUUAUUUGCAAAGACCUGGUGCCUAUUGGGACUGAUGAGGCAGAAGGCUGGAAGCCAGGGUCAAGGACAAGCUGAGUCAACUAAUUCCAGCUUUGUCCCCAUCCUGCUGAGUUCUACAAAAGGCAACACGGAGACCAAAGAGGAGGAGGAAGAGGAGGAGGUUGAUAGGCUGUGCCACUCCCUGAAAGGCUGUAAGGAGGAUGACAGACAGGCAGGUGGGAGCUGGCUAAGAGCAGUCUGAGGUUGGUGGAGCCACGCCCCUCUUACCUAAUGGCCAGCCUCUACUGGGAUGGGGUCCAAAAUCCAUCCCUUCUUCCCAUUUGCUCCCUAGUUGACCCAUUUCAUUUGUCAGGGCAAUCCUAUGUGUCUACUCAGAAGCAAGCCCGACUGAGUUCAAUGAGACUUAUUCCCAAGCCCACAACCACUGGCUUCACAUUCAAAUUCUAAUGUAAGCUCUUUGGGGCAGGGAACUUUUUCUGCUGUUUUCUUUCUUAAUGCCUAAUGUACACUGAAGGGGUUAAGAACUGCAAUAAAUUCUGAACAAGCCCAUCCUGCCUUGAAGCAGUUGCGUGUCUCCUUCCAAGUAUAGUUCAGGACAGUCCACACCAGCGGGCUCAGGCACCUUCCACGCACCGGCCGACACGGAACUGGCAGGCUUAAAAGUCUGCGCCCUGCGAGUCAAAGGAAAUUGUGUGUAUGCGAUGUCAGAAUCACUUAUAUUAUAUUAUGCGCAGAAUGAGAGGGUGGCUCCGUCCCUGCCCUGAGAAGCUUUAUAGCCUCCCACCACCCUAAGGUAACUUUCACAUCACUAGGAGCAAGUUUCUCAUCAAGAACAGCGGUUCCGACGCCCACAAUUCCGCCAAAGGAGACCUCCUGAAAAAUCCCCGCCUUCCCUUCACAGUUUGGUUACUCUCAUUAGUUCCCAGCAGAGAAAGCAGGAAUGCACUCGGCGCAUGCUCAGAGGCACUUUCUCCUCGACUUUCUCCAGGCUGGCGGAGUUCUGCGCACAGUCUCUUGCGCCACCCUCGCAGCCUGGAAAUUGCGCGCCAAGACAAGCGGCGGAGACGGCAGUUCCUGGGCCCGGCCCGGCCCAUCUCCCCCGUCCCGUCGCGGCGGGUGUUGCCCGGGCAGGCAGCCCUUGGCGCGCGCCGGGGUGCGUGGCCGGCCGCUGACCCCAGAGGCAGCCCUUCCCCUCGCCUCGCCUCUCCCAGCCCCGGAGGCAGGUGAACUGGGCGCGGGGAAGGAAGCUUCCUCGGCCUGCCCUCGCCGCUGCUGCUGUCACUUCCUGUAGCCGCCGAGAGCCCAGCCCAGCCCGGGUCCUCCUCCUCCUCCUGCUUCUGCUGCUCCCUCCCUCCCCGCAGCCGCCUGCACCGCCCUGGGCAGCGCGCAAGGGAGAGGCUGCUGCGGUCGCCCCCGUCCUCCCCAGCCGGUGAGUGGCGGUGGGCGGGUGAAGCUCGGCGGGGAUUGCGGGUGGGGAGAGGGGAGGCGGAGAGAGCCGGGCCCGGAGGCGCUUCCCGGGCGGGAAGAGCGGGGAAUCAGGCAGGCUCAAGAGGGGAGGAAGAGGCGGAGGCGUCGGUUUCGCCAGACCCAGCUCGGUCGCUGUUCCUCUGCGCCCCCGCCUCCCCAGAGUCCCGCCCUGCUGCUGUGCCUUUGCCUCUCCGGUGCCGGGAACGGGAAGGGAGCGGCAAUUUCCCCACCUCGCCUCCCCAGCUUCCCUUUCGGUACUUUCUAGAUCGAGAGCUUGCUGCUUGUAUGCAAACCAAAAUGCAUGUAUAAGGGAGCGGUUCCUCGGUGCCAGGGGGAGGGAAAGCACUCUGUAGGUGCUCAGAGACUCCCUUUGGCUGUGUCUGUGUCAUCGGGCUCGACCGCUAGCAUUCAAUAGUUUCUGGGGCUAAACCCCAGCAUAGUUGCUCUUCCCUAUUGAAAAAGUACCCGGUCAGGUCACUCCCCUCGCCCCGGCAAGGCUUGUAUAAUGCCUUGGCCCCUUAAAAGGGUAUGUUGUAGUUUGGAGGAAGGUAGGGUAUGCGCCAGGUAAGCGCUGGUGGGGCCACACCUUCCUUGCGCCAGAUUCUUCUGGUCCCUUUUCGUCCAAUAGUAACAGCUGCGCUUUUGGUUGCAAAAUGUUCGGCUGCACAUCCGGCUGCGGCUUCAGUGGACCAACUGUGCUGUGAUUUAACCAUUUCCCUGUGGGGUUGUUUCUUGCAGGAAAGGAGUUUUCGGGAAACACUUCCUUUCCCGAGGAAAGGAGAGUGUGUGUGUGUGUAUAUAUACAACAACCCUGAACCCGUUGCUUUUCUCAAGUUCUUGCUUUGUGUUGUUUUCUCCCUCCGCCUCCUUUUGGUCCCCAAACUCCAAUACAGGAAGACUACUGGGUUCGAAGUUCUGGUUCGCUGGUGUUAGGUAGCAUCUGGCCAAUUCUUCUGCACCUUCCUGUCUUCCUCCAAAGUUUUCCUGGCUGCGCAGAAGAAUAAACAAGGCUUGCCCAUUCUUGAGUCCUUCUCUGUCAUCGGCCAUUCUCACAGGAACCACCCAAGGGAUCUUUCUCCUGUGGCUUUGAGUCACACCUGGUUAAAGUUCGGAGUAGUGGGUGGGGCUGCCACUGAAACCUGAAGACGGAAGUUCCUACCCCAUCUCCCCAAAAGUCUUACGACUGUGUGCUUGAAACAGAACUUGUGCUUAAAUGGAUUGAUUCCCUUUACUGUAAGGGUUGUAUGCUGUGGUUGCAGAGCUUUUAAAUGCUUGCUUCUAGCCUUAAAGGUUUUUGUUUGGUCUCACUCUGAUCAGGUGUUGAAGCAGCAGGCUGAAUUUUGCUUUUGGUGGGCACUGCUUCCAUGAAAAACACGUCUAUAUAAGGCUACAGGAAGUUCAGUGUGUUUUCCUUCUCUUGCGACUGACGGCUGAAGGUCCGCUGUCAGUCAUCCAUAGAUAGGCCUUGAUGGGGCCUUUUGAUUAAUUACACUAAGGGGUUUUAACUUCAGUGAUUUUGGCCUGCCACUUUUCUGGGGUGGCAUUGGGGUGGGUAUGUACUCUGGUCUUGUAAGCGUAUUUUCAUUUCUGGCAUUUCACAUGUAAACCAAAGAAACGGGAUAGCAGAGCCUGUGUACCAGAUUGUGUAGAGCACUGUAUCUUUUGAUUUACGGUGUGCACGCAUCUAUUGAAAGGGCAAGUGUUUGGAAUGAAGCUGGGAUUCUACUGCAGGAUUCAUAAAGGAGAAAGCUGCUAAUUCCCUCUUCCGCUGUGUUUCCCUCCCACCCACAUAGAGCCGAAUCGAGGUAGAAGCCCACCCUCCCAUAAUAAAGGAGGUUGGAUAUUAGACGAUAGACUGGCAGCGAUUGAAACAGAAACAGGACAACAAGUGGCAAAUAAUCCAGCCAGAGGCUAGUCAUCAGUGAGCCUCUGCACGUGACUAUUGCCUAUACACAGAAGCAAAGCACAGAGAAAAUGCGAGUUGUCAAUUAUAAAAUGAGCUGGAGUGCAAAAAUUUGUAUGGAGGCCAAAAAUGUAGAGCUGCCGAGAACCUGAGUGCACAGAGGUAUUUAUGUAUAUAGGGGGAAAUAUGAAUGUUGGGGGGGGUCCAAGUUUGAUCAAGAGCACCCGAGGCUUCCUGCUCAUUGUCGAAAGAGGUCGGACUUGCAACAUCUUCAGCAAGUGAAGUGAUUGCAAUCUGUGCGGCAGCUCUGCCGAAUUCCUUUGAUUCCUGCUCCACAUUUCUGAACAACCUUAUUACAAUCUUAUUAGAAAUCAUAUUGCAGCAUCGCCCUUGGAGAGCGUUGUGCAUGAGCCAGCCUGCGAGAUUAUAAAGGUGUGUCGCUUUUCUUCUCUUCCGCCUCUGCAGCCAUGUCCUUCCGAAAGGUUGUGCGCCAGAGCAAAUUCCGCCACGUCUUUGGGCAGCCCGUCAAGAAUGACCAGUGCUACGAUGACAUCCGGGUGUCACGAGUCACUUGGGACAGCACUUUCUGCGCUGUCAACCCCAAGUUUGUGGCUGUGAUUAUAGAGGCCAGUGGAGGAGGGGCCUUCAUGGUGCUCCCGCUACAGAAGGUGAGGGAACAGUCUGACUUGGGAAACACUGGGCUCGCUUUCAUUAGAGGUUCUUAAGCAGAAGCCAGUGACCAUUGGGGGCUGUACGUCAGCAGAAGGUUAGACUAGAUGACACUUUGAAGUCCCUCCCAUCCCUAACACUCUUAAGUACAGUGGUACCUCGAGUUACAAACGCCUGAGGUUACAAAUUCUUCAGGUUACAAACUCUUCUAACCUGGAAGAGUUACCUCGAGGUGAGAACUUUGCCCCAGGAUGAGAACGGAAGUCGUGUGCCAGCGGCAGCAAGAGGCCCCAUUAGCGAAAGCACAGUUUCAGGUUAAGAACAGCUUCAGGUUAAGAACGGACCUCCGGAAUGAAUUAAGUUCGUAACUAGAGGUACCACUGUACUGGGGAUGUCACUGGAUGGGAGUAGGAAUAGGGAAGAGGUGCCCAAGGUUGACUGGCCCCAAGAAUUUCUCAGCUCAUAAGAAGAGGUUUCCUGGAUCAGGCCAGAGACUCAUCUAGUCCAGCAUCCUGUUCUCACAGUGGUCAACCAGAUGCCUUGUGGGAAACCUGCAAGCAGGACCCAGGCACAAGAGCACUCUUCCCCUCCUGCAGUUUCCAUGUGGCCUCCGGUUAUGGAGGUAGAGCAUAGCCAUCACUGCUAGUAGCCAUUGUUAGCUUUGUCCUCCCUGAAUUAGUGUAAUCCUUUCUUAAAGUCAUCCAGUUUGGUGGCCACCAUUGCCUCAUGUGGGAGAGAGUUCCAUAGUUUAAUUCUGCACUGCAUGAAGAAGUACCGUAUUUUUCGCCCUAUAGGACGCACUUUUCCCCCUCCAAAAAUGAAGGGGAAAUGUGUGUGCGUCCUAUGGGGCGAAUGCAGGCUUUCGCUGAAGCCUGGAGAGUGAGAGGGGUCAGUGUGCACCGACCCCUCUCGCUCUCCAGGCUUCAGGAAGCUAUCCUCAAGCCUUGGGAGCCCCCGGGAGUUCCCGUCGGGCUCCCUAGGCUUGUGGAUAGCAGCCUGCAUCUCGAAGCCUGGGGCGCGCUGCACAGCACGCCCCGGGCUUCAGUUCCCCGACCUGGUUUGGAGGCAGGCGGUGGGGAGAAGCGCGCUUUCCCCUGCCACCAGCCCCACAAGCUCGGGGGACAGCGGGGAGGCGGAGCGCCGCCAUCCCGCUGUUCCCCAACCUGGUUUGGGCUUCAGGCAGAUAUCCGCAAGCCGUGGGAGCCCAGCGGGAAGUCGCGCCGGUCUCCCAAGGCUUGCGGAGAGCUGCCUGUUCUGGGGGCUGGGGUCGGGGGAAGCUCGGGCUUCCCCUGCCCCAGCCCCGUGCCUGGAGGGGAAAUAAUUUUUUUUCCUUUAUUCCCCCCCCCCCAAAAAAAACUAGGUGCGUCCUAUGGGCCGGUGUGUCCUAUGGGGCGAAAAAUACGGUACUUUCUUUUAUCUUGUCCUGAAUCUUGCAGUAUUCUAACUUGGGUCUCAAUAUAUCAUUCCUCCUCCUGCUUCUUCUCCUAUCUUGCGUUUUGUGUCUUCGAGCACAUAAUAUUUUAUGGGUACUGAGGGAUGGAACAGAGGGGUUGUACUGGGACUGCUGAUAGUCUUGUGGGGCAAAUGGGGAAAGCUGUAACAGGAAACAGGAUAGUGACUUUGAGGAGCCUGGAAGGAACUGCCUGAUGACUCUUGUCCCCUUUGGUUAUUUUUUCCCAGACCGGACGCAUUGAUAAGUCUUACCCUACGGUGUGUGGGCACACAGGACCUGUUUUGGACAUUGACUGGUGCCCGCACAAUGAUAACGUCAUCGCUAGUGGCUCUGAGGAUUGCACUGUUAUGGUGAGGGGCAGCUGGUAAAAGGACUCUGUGUGUGUGAGAGGGGGGGGCUCACCUGUAGCCAUGCUCUUGGCUAAAUAUAUACAGAAGGUUGGGGCUGUACAUAUUAAUGAAUCAAGCAGUCAGUAUUGAGUGGCAAAUUGAGCAUGCUGUGCAUUUGAAAAUUCUAUUUUUAAAGCAAGUUUCUAGUCCUUCAGAUUGUGGAGGCUUGAAAGCACAGACUCUCUGAAGUUUGGUAUGCGUGUACAGGCAGGAUAGCUGAGCAAGGUUUUCAGCAGCAGGGUGGGGAGGCCUGUUGACUGCCCCAGAUACUGCUUGGUCACUUAUCAUGAUUAUUUAGCAGAGGCGGACUAUAUUAGGCAAAUUAAGUUUGCAUAUGCAAAUGUGUUUUGUUACAAUACAAUUCACAGGGCAAAGAAUUCAGACGGAGGAGCUGUUAGCCGGGCUGUAGACAUGGGAAGCAAGAUGCUAUCCACAGAAUGUGGGAUGGUGGGAUCAGGAGAAUGACCCUUUGGUGUGGAGCAAGCUAAAGCCAGAGUAUACCCCCCCCACGGGUGGCUGGAUGUUGUUUGGCAUUUGGUUCAGGAUGAUGGGAGAGCGAGGUUUGUGGGAGGCUGUGCCACUGGUGACAGGACCGGAGCAGACGAAAGUGCUUUGCCGGCUGAGCCAUUUCACUCCCGUCUUUCUCUCCAGGUAUGGCAGAUCCCCGAGAAUGGAUUGACACUGCCUCUGACGGAGCCAGUGGUUGUUCUAGAAGGGCACUCUAAGCGUGUGGGCAUCAUCACUUGGCAUCCAACUGCCCGCAACGUCCUCCUCAGUGCAGGUACCAUCUGUGGUGGUGGAGUAAGUGGCAGAAUAAAAGUGGAGAACAUCCGGCUGCAAGCUUACAUGCUGGGGCGGUUGAGACCCAAAGUUAAGGGCAGCCUAACACAGAACUCUGUGGCAAACCUCUUCCAAUGAGCACCGUUUUCCCCCAGGCUGUGACAACGUGGUGAUCGUGUGGAACGUGGGCACAACUGAGGAGCUUUACCGCCUGGAAGAUCUGCAUCCUGACCUCAUUUAUAAUGUCAGCUGGAACCGUGACGGCAGCCUCUUCUGCUCGGCCUGCAAGGAUAAAAGUGUGCGCAUCAUUGACCCCCGCCGUGGGCAGGUUGUUGCGGUAUGUUUCUCCCUCCUUUGAAGCUUUUUGGUUCUGGUCUGUCUAUCUUGCCAUUCUUGACCUGUUUACAUGAGUGUUCCCUCUCUUUGGCAAUCUAUUACUUUCUGGCCAUUCUGCAAGUCAAAGGGACUCUCCGUUGUGUUUUGGGAAUGUUGCAGUGGGAUGUGUUUGGGCCACAGUCGGUCCUCCCUGUCCUGUUAUCUGAGCAGUGGUAUCUCUCUGUAGUUUGUGCCUCCCUAGUCCCCUUUUCUAGCUUGGUUGCAAGGCUCACACUUGAGAUGUGACCUGCGCUGCUUUGACUGUGCAGUGAUUUGGUGAUGGGAAGCUCACGCUUUGCCUCCUGGGUUAAUUAGCUCUCAGCAGUGCUGAUCUUUAUGUAGUUGACAUGUUAGUGGGCUAUCUAUAAGACAGGCUCUGAUGCGUGGCAUUGUUUAUAUUGCUUAUUGGAUAGUGCUGGGAGAAGCCUAAUUUUAAUUGAAGAUGAAGACUGCAUAUGGAAUGUGCUCUAGGCAGAGGUGCUGGCUUACGAUGAAUCUAAAUUUCACAACCGGCAAAAACCAGAAUUUGCACUUUCAUUUUCGGUAGAGCAAGUUAUGCACAUUUUCAGAUGAAGUAAAUGAAUUUACAUGUGUGUGUGCACAUAUCAGCAAGAGUUCAAGGUGGUGUCAUCUUUGCUACGCAGGGGACACUGUGCUAAUGGCAAAAUAUACAGGAGGGAAGGAGGCAUGAGGUUGAUAAGAGGAUGCUAAAUAGGGGAGCAGAAGCAGGGGAUCUGUGCAGAGAGAAGCUGUGAAACAAGGGUGAACUCCCUUCAGCCCCCGAGAGCUCGUCUGAUAGUCGGGGAUGGUGUAAUCCAGAAACAUCUGGAGAGCCACUGGUCCCCCACCCCUGUUCUGGAAUCCUCAUCAGAUCCCUCCAAGGCUUCACCCAUCUCUUCCUCUCUUCCCUCUCCCUCCCAAGCCUUUUAUGAGAAUUAAUAAGGGCUUCUCAUCAGGCGUCUCAGGAAUCUGAUCAUGCUGUCAAUGAUAAUGCAUAAGCAUUUCCCAGGUGUGUUUCUGUAAUAUUAUUGAGAAAUCAAUUCACAGGUGUUUCCAGCUAAGCCCCAGUUUUGGUAUGUGACUAUAUAUAAAUUGGCAGCACUGUAUAGGAUUGGGAAAUGAUUAAAUUGGUGUUAUCUGUGAGAUUGCUUCCCCAGAUCUCCAUUCUCUUCCUUGCUUGAGACUCAGGCCUGUAUAAAAUUUAAUGUGUUGUGACCUCUGAGGACCAACCUCUUCCUUCCUUUCCCCUCUCCUACAUAGGUUGAUCUGGAAUCUGAAGAAGGGAUAAAAAUGGGUUAACUUUUUUUAAUAUAAAAAGCUUAUUUUAAGAAGGAAGUAAUAUUUCAAAAUAACGUAUCUCUAUGCUGUAUUUGCAUUCAUCUGUCGUCAUGCUGGCGAACGAGGGCACAUGAAUACUCAAGUUAAAACAGGGCGAAGGAAGCCCAAGAAGCCCUGAGUGGGCAGGCUGGCACAAAGAGUGGGCAGGUGGCCCAGGCACACCCUCCCUCCCUCUGCCUUCGCCACAGCCACUUGCCAGGUGGAAGGAACUGAAGGCGGGGAAAGUGCUUCUCCUCUUCAUCUACCUGUUGCUGCUGAGAGAAGGAAACCUGUAUUUUAAAAUGAAGGCUCCUUUGUCCUGGUUGAGACUGUGGGGGAAACAGAAGAGGAGAAAAACCUUCUCCCCUUCAUUCCCUCCCCACUGCCAGUGGUGGCUGUGGUAAAGGGAAUGUGGGGAUAGGUGGGUUGGGGUGAGGUGUAAAGGAAGGGAGUUGGCAAUGGGAUGAUGGGAAGGUGGGGUUUGGGGGCAAAGUGAGCUGAGGCAGCAGCCCCAAGCGCAGCAUAAAGACAUCUACACAGUAUAGCCGUAUAUAACAAUGCACUAAGAGUGGAUUGAUUCUGAAUGGUGGUUUUGGGUGUGUGUGUGGAGGAGAUGAUAUUGGGAAGUUAUCCGGGUUGAUAGACAAGUUUUGACUUUCUAACUCACGAUGUUUUUGGAGUGGGUUCCUUUUGUCAGUAGUAACAUGGCAGUAAGUGGUUUUAACAGAUGUAGUUCUUCCAUUCAUUGCAGCACUAUGUUGAGAGAGGUUGCCCAGCUUUUAAAUUCUGCUGUUGUUAAAGGAACACACAGACGCAUCAAAUGCCUUUGCUAUCUGAACACCGUGUCUUUUUAGACUCCAGAUCAUACCCUUUGUCUGCACAGCCCCAUGUUGCCUGCGCUGACUACAGCAGUGGCUCUCAGAACGAGUCUCUCAGCCCUGCAGUGAGAGGCCCUCUUAAGUGGAGAUGCCUAGAUUUGAGUCUCAGACCCUUCUGCAUACAAGACACCUCCACGCAUCUUCCUCUGGAGUGGGGUGGAAUGAGCUGCUGAGGGCCAGACACAGUCUGACCCUGGGGAAAGGCGCUCAUGGUUUUAGGGGGAAUGUAAACUCAGAUGAGUGAUUCUCCUGUUUUAGUUGGGAUCCAGCAUAGCAGAUACUGGAGCAAAACCCGCAUUUGUGCUGCAGUAUAGCAGAGCCUGCCUGCUGCUUCACCUCUUGAAUUCCCCACAUCUUACCCUUUUUUCUUUUUGCUUCACAGGAGAAGGAGAAAGCCCAUGAGGGAGCACGCCCUAUGCGGGCCAUUUUCUUAGCAGAUGGGAAGAUCUUCACGACCGGUUUCAGCCGUAUGAGUGAACGGCAGCUGGCACUCUGGGACCCGGUGAGUGGGAAGGUGGAUCUGGGAGCGAGGUGUGUGUUAUACUGCUGGGAUGUGGUGGUGGUGGUGGUGGUGGUGUGUGUGUGUGUAAGCUCUCUCUGUGUGUUCGGGGUCUCUUGUCCUGAGUUCAACUCCUGUUGAGCUCCAUGUGUUUGAGAGGUGAGAGGCAACAACUGAAGAGAGACUGCUUUGUGCACAUAGACUUGUCCCCACCCCUCAAUUAGGGUCUUAACCACGCAGGGUUUUCAAUCUCGGUGGGUUCAUGGGCAUAUGGAGCAUGCUCCCCUCUUGCUCUCAAGUGAAUGGUGUCAGGAUGGAUGGUAGGUGAAUCAUCACAUCAAGAUUGUGAUGGUGUGAAGGAUAGCAUUUGAACAAGGAGGUCUGUAACCUGUGCCUUUCUGUUUUUGCAGGAGAAUCUGGAGGAGCCCAUGGCAUUGCAAGAGCUGGACUCAAGCAAUGGGGCCCUUCUUCCCUUCUAUGACCCGGACACCAAUGUUGUGUAUGUCUGUGGCAAGGUAUGCUUUCGUACUAAACAGAAAUUAGUGAAAUUAAGUUAAAAACAGAGUCUGCAUUUGACAGCUUGCAGGUUAAUAUAAAGGUAAAGGUACCCCUGCCCGUACGGGCCAGUCUUGACAGACUCUAGGGUUGUGCGCUCAUCUCCGGGAGCCAGCGCUGUCCGCAGACACUUCCGGGUCACGUGGCCAGCGUGACGAAGCUGCUCUGGCGAACUGGCACUGAGGUUUUACCCACAGCACCACCCGCGCAGUUUAAUGUACCUUCGGGUAUAUUAUAUAAUAUAUAAAUCCAAUAAAGAAAGUAAAAUAAACAAGGAAAAGGUUCCAGUUUCAGUCCCUGGCAUCUGCAAAUAGGGCAAAAGAAGACACCUGCAGCCAGGCCCUGCAGGCCAGAUGCCCCCGACCUGGUGUUUUCCAGAUGCUUUGGACUACGAUUCCCAUCAUCCCUAACCAUAGCCCAUGCUGGCUGGGGCUGAUGGUAGUUGGAGUCUUACCAAUGUCUGGAGGACGUCAGGUCGGGGGAAAGCUGCUGUAGAGAAUACUGAACUAAGUGGCCUCCAGGGUCUGACCUCUGUAUAAGAUGGUUAAAGGGCAACGCUGGCUUCUUCUUGGGGUUCCAGAACUCUGGGUUUGUACCCUCUCUCUGAAGUGGGAGUUAAUACCAUGCAAUGUGGGCAUUCCCUUGGCCCUCUUCCUCAACCAGUCUGUAACACUGAAAGUGAAGUGCUCAGGGGGGAAGUGGCCCGCCCGGGGAUGCCAAGCAUCACAAUGUCUUCUAUAGGCUUAGUAACAUCGUGUGCAUCCUUUUUGCCCUCUCCCUCUUCCAGGGCGACUCCAGCAUCCGGUACUUCGAGAUCACAGCAGAAGCACCCUACAUCCACUUCCUGAACACAUUCACUAGCAAAGAACCCCAGCGUGGCAUGGGAUGGAUGCCCAAGCGGGGGCUGGAUGUCAACAAGUGUGAGAUUGCCAGGUAUUCUGAAUAAUGCUGGGGCUGGGUGUGUGUGUGUGUGUGUGUGUGACAGCAGCGAAAGAACUGGUAGUCUUGACUGGCUGCUUGUGCAUCAAUCUUUCUCUCUUGCUGCGUUUCUGCAGGUUUUACAAACUCCACGAACGCAAGUGUGAGCCCAUUAUCAUGACUGUGCCAAGGAAGGUGAGUGUUUGAUAGUGGGGGCUAGCCUGCUUUUUCAAGAAACUGCUGCUUAAGCUACAAGGGACGGGGGAUGGGCCUUCCCUUGCUGCUGUUUCGGGACCAAGCAACUGCAGAUGAGCCAUGACCUGUCUGUGGAUGGCUUGAUGGUUCUGCAUUAGAAUCUUGAAACAUUAAUCCGUGGGGCUGUUGCCACUGCUGUGUUCACCCAGCAAAUUGACAGGAGAUUCACACAUAACCUCAUAUACCCUGGAAGGUUGUGAGUAUUUCAGUUCUGUCCAUUGGGACAGGUGGUUGUGUCCCUUUGUAGCUUGGUAUUUCCAUCCAGCGCUUUUCUCCCCUCCGGUUUCCAGCUGUCCAGAAGGAUCUUCUAAAGUCAUAAGCUGAAACCAUUGCCAUUUCAACCCUGUUCCUUCUCUGAUCAGAAACAUUUAUUUUUUCCCAUAUGACGGUUGUGUGUGCUUUACUUGCCUUUAAACCAAGCUGAGCAUUACAUAAGCAUUAAAUAUCUAUACAACUUUUAGCAGACAUUUGAAGGCAGGCCUGUAUUGGGAAGUUUUUAAUGUUUGAUGUUUUAUUAUGUUUUUAUAUGUGUUGGAAGCCGCCCAGUGGCUGAGGCAACUAUUAUUAUUAUUAUUUAUUAAGCAAAUCCCUCCCUCCCCUCCAGUGUUCAGGUCUCAAGCUUUAUACAUAUGCCUGUUGUCGUUGCAUAGAAAUUGGAUCUGUGCCCGUCUAGCUUUGAAACUAUGUGGAUUUAAUAAUAAUGCUACUGCUUGACAGUUAAAUAGCCUGUUAGUCAAAGCACGCUAUCUGUUUCGUCUUUUAAAACUGCUCUGUAAGACAGGCCAAUAUAAAGUGGAGACUGAGAAUUGGAAAUUUUGAAACACAGCAAAUUUGUUGGGUGUUUUACCUUGUACAUCCCAUGGGAGAAGGGAGCAGCACUGUUCCACAUCAACCCAGUCUUAACACUGUCUUCUCUCUCUCUCUCUCUGCAGUCCGAUUUGUUCCAAGAUGAUUUGUACCCAGACACAGCUGGGCCAGAAGCCACCAUGGAAGCCGAGGAAUGGGUGGCAGGGAAGACGGCGGGGCCGAUCCUGAUCUCGCUGCGCGAAGCCUACGUGCCCACCAAGCAGCGUGACCUCAAAGUCAGCCGGAGGAGCUUGCUGCAAGAUAGCCGCCCCGCUGCUGCCCCCAGCGCCGGGCUGAGUGCCACACACCCCAGUGCCAUGUCUCAGUCUGCUGCCACGCCUGCCAUUAGCAUCAGCGCUGCCAGUGGGGUAUGUGCAGGGCUGGCGCCUGUGCCGGAACAGGGGGUUCUGUGGGUGGGUUGUUUGAUUGGCACUUCUCUGUCGUCCCUCACAGGGUUGUAGAGUGGUUGAGCUGGGUGUGGGUGGAUGUGGGUUAGAGCCAGAUGCAAGGAGCAGAACAGGAUUCUGAUGUGCCUUGGGGAGGGAGAACGGAGGAGAAGGUCUGCAUGUCCAAUAUUCAGUGCGUCCUGGGACUCUCCAGCAUUCUCUCCAAUAAUAAAGCAAAUCCUUUGUAGUUUUGGAGCAGUCAUCCUAUUUCAGUUAUUGGAGAAGAGCCAGUAGGGCUUGACUAGAGGCUGUGGUUAGAAAGUGGGCUUCCCAUACCCUGCAAAGUACCCUUGCCACAGAGAGCAAAUAAGCCUACAAAGGUUACCAGUGUGAGAGGCUAUAGGCAAACUUGUUGAGGGUAAGGCAAUAUUCUACCUUCAGGCACAGGAUGCCUCUGAAUACCAGUUGCAAGAGAGAGGAGAGGACUCUUGUGUUCAGGCUUCACCUGUUCUUCUGGCUGGCCACAGGAUGCUGGGCUUCAUGGACCCUUUGGCCAGAUCCAGCAGAACUUUCCUUACAUUCAACUAGGCUGCUAAUCAGCUAGCAAUCUGCAUUUCCAGCUAGCAAUCUGCAGGGGAAAGGAUGCCCCCUCCUCCAUAGCCAGCCUGGAAACAGAGGCAGAUAGAAAAAAGAAGAAGAAAAUGCCUUCUUCUAAGCAGACUGGCAGAGGAGGAACAGGAUGAUCCAUGCUCUGCUCUUCGCUAGCCCACUCAGGCAUCUGUGUGGAAUUCCUGGCAGUCUGCGGCUACUAGGCAAUUUGUCAAGGACAAAGGAUGCUUUUGGGCAUUUUUAACCUGAAUGCCAGGCUGUUCCUAGUUGAACAGAUCCUAUGAAGUCAGUCAGUCUGCUGAAGAUUUCUUUCUUUGGAUGUCUAAUAGCCUGCUGUGUGCAUGUGUUGACCAAGCAUUUGCCAGUGUUGCUUUCUUCCUUCCCCCCAACAUGUGUGUGGGUACACACAUGCACACAUAUGUGCGCACACACAUACAUGGUGCACUCCCUCUCAUACAUGCACUGGGGGAGGAGGCGCAAGUCCCGCUGAUCCCAGGAGUACAGGUCAUGGGGUGGUUAUGAGCUGAGCAGCUGGGAUCCUGUUGAAAAGAGCAGCAUGACCCUGCUUUCUUCUUCCUUGCAGGACGGCGGGCAGGUCAUUGAAGAAGUGCUGCGUGAAGUGGCGUCACUGCGGAUGCUUGUGGCUGCGCAAGGCGAGCGCAUUGGGCGGCUAGAGGAGCAGCUGAGCCGCAUUGAGAACGGCGAUGUCUAGGAGGGGUCCCCACGGAGGAGACCUCACCAACAUGGAUCUUCUUAAACGCUUCACCUUUUUUUGAGCUGCCAGUAAUCCCUUUAUACACUGCCUCAUCCUGCCCUGUGGUGUGAGACAGGGACUUGCCCUCUCUUGCUGCUACUGGGAAUGUUUCUUGGGUUUUGUCUCGGACCAAAUCUCCUCCUUCUCCCGCACCCUGUUUUACCCGAGGGGCGAUGUGCUGGUCUCCCCACAUCUGUCCCUUUGCCUUAUUCUGGCCAGAGUCCCUCUGGCCCUGUCCCCUUCCCAUGGCUGGGGUUGGCUUGUAUGUCCCCCUGUGGGGAUCAGGACUAGCUAACUGCACAGUCUGACAUGCCCACGCUUUCCACUGGCGAGAAGGCUGGGAUUCCCCUUCCCAAUCUCUCAUGGCGGGUGGAUUUUGCGGUUUAUUGGAAGCCAGUGCUUCCUAUGGGCCAGGCCUCUUCUCCCCUUUUUCCCUGCUAGGACCACUGAGAAUCCUGUUGAGGAUUCUUCUGCUUCCUUGCCUGAAUUUUAUUUUACUUCAAAGAGACCAUGGAUGGGAUCAUUGAGGCUUGACUAUGAAAUAAAUCUGCCAUCUAGUCACAGUCCUUAAGUUUCUUGUCUCUGGGACCACUCCUCUCUCCCUCCCUCCAGCUAAGCAGGUUCUGACGAAACAGACGAGGAGGUUGGAGGCGGAAAGAAACUGUUCAGGUUCAAUAAUCUAUAUUUUCAUUCCAAAUAAAAGUCUUUAUAAAGCCACAGCUCUGUGCACAA